AUGCUUGACCCUGCCGACAUUCUACCAACCAGGCUGAAACCAUGUCUUGCCGAAGUACUUCGCACUUGUGUCCAUCCACCAACGCUCCUCCUUCGAGUUGAGCACAUACUUGUAAGAGUACUAUCUGGUAAUUGCAGGAAUACGCCACCGAGUCCAGACCACCCUCUCAACCACGGGCAAGAUCUUCGUUUGGAAAAUGGGUCUGAAAUCGAUCUGAAAACCCCGUCACUGAGGUGUCUGUGUCUCAUUGUAUCAGACGGGCAUCUCCAAAUCCAGGCAGUAUUGGCAAAAGAGUUGCAUACCAAAGAACUUUUGGAAUCGCAAAGAGGCGAUCUCAUUGAGGUAAAGAAAUUCCAAAUCAGGAGUGCACCUCGAAUAAACGGCCAGGGACGAGUGGUCUACUUGGGUAUACAAAGCUGUGAAUGGGCGGGAAGAGGCAAAGUUACAGACCCAGAGCUCGACUUCGAAGGUGGUUUUAUUCGCGAAGAAGCCCACAUAUCUCCUCAAAAUCCACAGUGGAAGGAGCAAAAGCGAAGCAAUUUCCACGCUCCCGCCUUUGGCCAUGGAAAACGGGGUUUAUCGGCCGAUCACGGCGGGCAUAGCUUCACCAAAAGGGGGCUGGGCGAAAAACGACUACGACAACAGAGAAUUAAAAGGGAAGAUUCCGACGAUGAGGACGACUUCUUUGAAGUCAUGCCGGUCUCUCAGUUCCAGAUCGACAGACGCCGUGAAAAUCUCCAUCAGAUUGCUAAAAAAGCGGCCACCAAUAUCCCAAGCAGGCCUAAACCUACCGCCCAUGGUCGAAUCGAGUCUGAUAGAGGCCCCAUUACAACACCAGCCUCUCUGAAGGUAAUAUCACAGAUGGAAAUGAGAACUGGCGACGGAAAGAAGAUCCCUUCUCUCCUGCCGGAACCAAGGCCAGAGCAACAGUCGUUGAGCGCCACACCUCUCGAAGCUCAACCAUCUUCCGUUCUCAAGUGUGCACCAUUGCACGCUCUUUCUUCCCUCCUUUCUCCGCCCACACCGCUACCAUCGCGCAAUUACGCCUGUACAGUCUUUGCUAUCAUAACCUGGGUCUCUACAUCCAUUAUCCACAAAGCCAACACCCCUUUUCCACCAAAACGACACAUUAAGAUCCACGACCAAAGUAUACGCCGUCGUCAAGCGGGGGUUACAGUCGCAGUGUUCAUUGACGCAAAGAAUUUUUUCCCGAGGGUUGGGACCGUCGCUCUGUUCCGUGAUGUGGUAAUGCAUAGGUGGGAGGAUGAUAUCAUUUUGAACAAGUAUGCUUCCCCGAAACCUGGUCACGAAGACGAUCAAGUUGCCGAGGAGUGGUUCAUCAGUGAUGAGAAGAGGUUGGAGGAAAUGGGAUUUGAUGUAGCUGGUAUGAGGGCUUGGUGGGCGGAGAAACGACGUGAAAAGAAGGGAGAAAACUGA